AUGGCUCAGAAAAGCAGGAUUUUGAUCAUCGGAGGCACCGGCUACAUCGGAAAAUUCAUCGUGGAAGCAAGCGCAAAGGCUGGCCAUCCCACCUUUGCUCUGGUCAGAGAGACCACUCUCUCUGAUCCCGUUAAGGGAAAACUCGUCGACAACUUCAGGAGCUUGGGCGUCACUUUGCUCCAUGGAGAUCUCUAUGACCAUGGAAGUUUGGUAAAGGCGAUUAAGCAGGUGGACGUGGUGAUAUCGACGGUAGGCCGCCUGCAGUUCGGAGAUCAGGUCAAGAUCAUUGCUGCCAUUAAAGAAGCUGGCAAUAUUAAGAGAUUCUUCCCUUCGGAAUUCGGAAACGACGUGGACCGUGUGCAUGCUGUGGGGCCAGCAAAGAAAGCAUUUGCUACCAAGGCGGAAAUCCGCCGCGCCAUUGAGGCAGAAGCCAUCCCCUACACUUAUGUCACUUCCAACCUCUUCGCCGGCUAUUUUCUCCCUACUUUGGCACAGCCAGGAGCCAGGGCUCCCCCAAGAGACAAAGUCUUUAUCUUCGGAGAUGGAAAUGCCAAGGCAAUUUUUAACAAGGAAGAGGACAUAGGAACAUAUACGAUUAGAGCUGUGGAUGACCCAAGAACAGUGAACAAGAUACUCUACCUCAGGACUCCCAAGAACAUUUACUCACUCAAUGAGCUUGUGGCCCUCUGGGAGAAGAAGAUUGGGAAAACCCUUGAGAAAAUCUAUGUGUCAGAGGAGAAGAUUUUGAAGGACAUGGAAGAGUCCGAUUUUCCAGUGAAUGCGAUAUUAUCAAUCAACCACUCUGUGUUUGUGAAGGGAGAUGAAACAAACUUUGAGAUAGAGGAUUCAUUUGGCGUGGAGGCUUCGGAGCUAUACCCAGAUGUCAAUUACACCACUGUGGACGAAUACCUCGACCCAUUUGUCGGUGACUCCAUGGUAGGAGUGUUUCCACCUGCUCUCUUUGGAUAUUGUAAUAAUCAACCAUAAUCCUGCAA